UUUCUAACUGUUGCCUCUGUGUCGCCGUGGGUCCGUGCCCCACAGCGGGGGGCGUGAGCAUCCCCUGUUCCUACACCUCCUUCCUGGCGCCCAUCUCCUCCUCCAAGCUCUACACCGAGGUGCGGGGCUGCCGCGAGCGCGACCGCGACCCCGAGGCCCAAUUCGAGAUGCCCUACGUCGUCCGCCUCCACAACUACCACCAAUUGGCCGCCCCCCAACCCUGCUUCACCUUCCAACACCCCAACCCCGAGGCAGCCAAUGACAACAGCCGGUACCGCCUCCUGAGCUUCCGGGUCCAGGUGGACUCCGUGCUCCAUGGCUUCGCUGGUUACUUCGAGACCACUCUCUAUGGGGACAUCACCCUCAGUAUCCGCCCGGAGACGCACUCCCCGGGGAUGUUCUCCUGGUUCCCCAUCUUCUUCCCCAUCAAGGUACCGCCCCCAACAUGGCCGCCCCCUGUGGGCGCCGCCAUCUUGGCUCCGCCCCCUCCACCAUGG